AUGAAGUUCACGUCUGUUAUUCUCUCCGCUGCUUUUGCGGCUGCAGCGCCUCUAUCUCGAAGCACUGAUGUUCGACUUAUCACUUACAACAUUCGCCUCGCACCAAACAAGCCCCAAUGGGGCGAGGAACGAUGGCCAGUUCGUCGUCCACGCUUAACAGCCCAGAUCAACUACGAGACCUCUGGAAGACCGGAAUCCAUCGUGUGCAUGCAAGAAGCAUUGUAUCCGCAAAUCCAAGACAUCCAACAAGAUCUGGGAAGCGAGUGGGACUACUAUGGUAUCGGACGGAGGGGCGGCCAAAGUGAUGAAUUCUCCCCAAUCUUCUACCGUCCUUCUGUUUGGAAUAUUGAGGACAAGAAAACAUACUGGCUGAGCGACACGCCUGAGAAAGUUGGUUCCAGGGGAUGGGACGCCGCAUUCCCAAGGAUUGUCACCGUCGUGCGCUUUCAACACGCCGCUACGGGCAAUCGCAUGGUUUACAUGUGCACACAUUUCGACCAUAAGGGGAAGAAGGCUCGUGCUAACUCGGCGAAACUCAUUACUGAUAUUGCCGAGACCUGGUCCAUACACGACGGCGAGACCAUACCUGUCUUCAUUGGCGGCGAUCUCAACUCCUCCCCUAGCGGCGCAGCUUACAAGCAUCUCGCCAAAACCAUGAACGACGUCAAGAGCCUUGUCCCGCAGAUGCCUUGGGACGACAUGUAUCUCGAUCACAUAUUUGUGCACGACCCAACCGGCAUCGAAUUCAAGGCCUUUGCAGUGGUCAAUUCGCGAUAUGAGGAUGGGGUUUUCAUCUCGGACCAUAGGCCAGUUGUGGUGGACGUACGACUAAACCAGGUCAGUCGCAAGGAACGAAGGACCGGGGAGAAAAAGGACGAGUUCUAG